UUCCGUCUGUCCGAACUUUUUGCUACUAAUUAUAGACAUCUCGAAAAAAUUGUAACCGGUUUUCAAUGCUCCUUUGGAUGUUCGGAAUGCAUUUUGAAAACUCAUUUCCAAUUUCUAGGUCAUUUUGAAGCCUCAAGAACAUCUCAAUUUUUUAAAAACUAUCAACAAGCAACGGAACCUUCUAUGAAUUCAAUGACUCGCAAUAUUCUAUUUUUGUUGCACUUUACAAUAGUGUGCAUGGGACAAAGUGGAAACGAAGACCCAUUUGCCAGGUUUGGCGGAUGGCACGGUAGCAGUAGCGGAACUUCUGGAGGAAAUGGUCAAUCUUCUUGGACUGGAAGUGGAACUAACUUUCAAAAUGCGGGAUCAGGAUCGGAAACCGGAUCUGGAACAGCACCUGUACCGACACCAAAUGGAGAAAAUACUCCUCCAGUCCAAUGUGAAGACAAAGACGAAUACUGCGACCAAUACGAAAACCGUGGUUUCUGUGACUCACAAAACCAGUACUAUCAAUACAUGCGAAAGAAUUGCGAACUGUCAUGUAGAUUUUGCAUACCUCAAAGCCCCUCAGCAAGUGGAAUAGCUAAUUGUCCUAGUCCUAGUUCAUGUCCGAGACUCGGGUGCGGAGAGGACCAGGUGUUGUCGCAGGCAGAGAACGACUGCUGUCCCAAAUGCAUAACCAGACCAAGCCAAGGCUGCACUCCUGUGUUCGAACACCAAGAAAUAGUAGGAUUCGAAUACAACAACUUAAAAUGUGACACUGUUGGACCUAUAAUCCACUCGGCCUGUUUCGGAGUGUGUGCCAGUGCUAGUGUACUGUUAGUUAAUGGGGGCGAAUUCAAAAGAUGCGAGUGUUGCCAGGGCAGCGACUGGAAGACUCUGACUACUUUGAUCAACUGUUACAGACCUGGUUAUAUUUCACCCGGACCCCAGACUUACGAUUACACCGUAAUUACGCAAUGCAGUUGUCGAGAAUGCAGUGAUACGGCAUCUAACAACCAGGCACAGGGAUCAAGUUCCGGAUUAGCUGGUGCAGCGGCUAAUUUUAGAGGAACAGCAGGAAAUUCAGAUUUUUGGGCUCCGGCUGCAGCAGAAUCUGGCGCCGGAGAGGGCGAAGUUAAUGAUGAGUCAUUUGGCGGAAUGAUGGUGAAAGUUGCCUCUUUCAAUUCCUGAUGACUCAUCAAAAAUUGUGACAAAAAGUAACUUCGAUGAAUUUCUUGCUGAUAAAAUGAAUAUCGCAGUUGCAUAGAAUU